AUGAGUGAAGUUAAUUCAGAAGAGGAAAUAGAUGAGUAAAAUCCAACUAAAAUAACUGAUACUUCUCCUAUCAAAAAAGGAGACUUCAUGACUUAUUCUCAAUUAUAGAAGAAGAUCAAUAGUGUUAUACCUGAUGAAGAGACUGUCUCUUACAAUACAUCAGCUGUACAAAAUAGUCAACUUACAUAUUCUAUGAGUUAAUUCGAAAGGUCAAAUCUUGUUAAAAUUGAAGAAGUUAAUGAAAGUCAACAUUCUUUAUUUUCUUAAUUGUAACAAUCUCAUUUUAUUUCUGAUAACAAAGAAAGUUUAAAAAAAGAUUAAGAAAUAGAAAUACUAAAACAGUAAAAUGAUAAAUAAUAAAAAUAUAUUGAAGAACUCUAAAUUGCAUUAUAAAAAUUGUAAGUCUGUUAAAAAGAAGAAAUUCAUCAAUUGCGUUGUUAAUUGGAUGAAAAGGAUAAAAUGAUUGUUAGAUUAUCAAAUUUCGAAGCAUAUACAUAAGAAUAAUAGAAGAUUAUUGAUUAAAAGGAUAAACAAUUAAAAGAUUUAAAAGAAUAAUAUGAUAUUAGAACUUACAAUUUAUAAUAGAUUGUUGAUGAUUAAACAGAAUCUAUUAAGACAUUACAUAAAUAAAUUAGUCAAUCAAAUAAUAAUUCUUAGAUUGUUCAUUCACCUAAUUUAAUUGAAAAGAUUCGUCUAAAAUAAUAGAAUUUAAAAUCUUAAUUCGAAGAACUCUCUAAAUUAUAUGAUGAAAUUACUUGUGAAACACCAUAAACUCCAACAUCUUCAAAGAAAUAAAUUAUAACUAGAACUCCAUCUAGAUCAAUACAUUUAAUUUAAUCCCCAUAAUAAUACAAUACUGAACCAAAACCAUCAUUAAUAUGA